AUGAAACUAGAAGUAAGUAGAAACAAAGUACCCAAAGUAUUAUUCAAACAAGUAUUUGGAAAUAUUGUUAUCAAUCGUCAAAUCAAAUCCAAUUUCCGUGACCCAAAGAGGAAAUACCAAGCCUACAAAAGAGUUUUGGGUCAAUUACUUGGAGCCAAGUCAAUUCUCGUCAGCGAGUUUGCCAAUCUCAUGCGUUUGCCUGUAAUUGGUCAUCCACUUAUCAUCAAUAGUAUCAAACCAAAGGAUAAAUUGGCCGAAAGAUUUUAUUUUAAAGGACAUCGCCCAUCUCAACAACCAGAUUCAUUUUUCAUGGUAGUUCCACUCCGAAUGUCAAUGGAACAAUUUUUAAAUUUCGAUUUCAAUGGCAAUUCAUUUGAAGAUUUAUUCUCGAUGUAUUUUAUGGAUGGAUCCAAUCUUAAUGGCCGCCGAUUCCAUAUCGUAACACCUAAUUGUGUUUUACUUUCCGAGAUACCACACAAGUAUCUAGCCGAGAAUAAGUUGGCAAACAUUUUUUAUGUUUUUGAAUAUGCAGGUAAAGAAGUAAGAAGAAAUAUUACCAGACAAUCACCAAGUGACACACCAUUAAGAGAAAAGCAUAAAACCAAACUUAGUCUAUUAUACACAGAACUAUUAUAA